GACUACCACGAGAUCUACCGCAUCGCCACCGCCCAGGCCGAGAAGAUGGCCCCUGCCGUGCGUUGUUCGUCCGAGGUCGACCAGACCGACCUCGCCCAGAAGACGGCGCUCUCGGACCUCCCGGAGUGGGUCUUGCCGGACGCGAGCUGCCUGUGGAUGUCAAAGGCCCAGGGAAGGACGCGAGAUUGCCUGUCGAUGCCUGUGACCAUCAGGCGGAUCAACUUGCUCGAGAGGCAGGUCGUGGUGGUCUUCGAGGCUGACGGGUCCCAGAAGGUGGUACCCUUCAGCGAUUUCAAGGACCACGACACGUGCCCUCUGCGGCCCGCGGAAGACGUGCGUCCUGGGGCCGACUUCGGCGCGCGCUGGUCGGAGGACAUCACCCCCUGCGUCUCCGUGCAGGACCGGAAAGACGUCCCGCCGACCCAGCGCGUGGAGGACCCAGGG